AUGGAGAAACUCUACGUAUCAAGCCAGGAGCAGUUGAGGAGGGGGCUGGAUGAGGGGAGCGUGACGCUGCGGCCGGUGAAUUACGAUGGAUGUGCGUGCUGCAGCGGCGAGCCCUCUGCUGUGAUACUCUGCGGGUUCCAUGAGGGCAAUGCGUUGUAUUUCUGGGAGGAUGAGUAUAAGGGCAUCUGGGGGGAGGAGCAGAACCGGGGAUACCGGUAUGGGAAUGAUGAGGUUUGGUUGAUGGCUUCGAAGGAGCAGGUGCAGCGGGCGAUGGAGGGGAAGGCGGGUGAAGUUAGCGGGACUAGGUCGAGUAUGUUGUGA